AUGUCCGCAUCGCCGCUCGCCGCCGCGCGCGCGCCGCUCGCUCGACCCGCGCGCCAUCGCCUCGGUGGGCACCGAAUUACCCUAACCCCGAGUCGCGCCGUUCGCAGCGUCGCCCGCGCCGCGUCUCCCCUCGACGACGUUCGCGCGGGCGACCUCAUCUCGCUGGACUUUGGCGAGGACGAGGACGCCAAGGAGACGCGGCGGCUCAUCGCGCGUGAAUGGCUCCUCGAGGUGACCGAGACGACGGAGACGCCCGCGUCGGUGCGCGGCAUCUGCCGCGGACGCGCGUUCGUGCUCGACGGCACAUCCAUGCGACUCGUCCCCGCGCCCGAGCCGUCGCAGCCCGAUCUCGCGUCCGAGCCCUGGGUCCAGCGCGCGUACCCGGAGUGGCACGCGCUGCUGAGACGCCUCGAGGUGGACGGGCGAUACCCGGCGCCCACCGCCACGGCCAUCGCGAAGGCGCUCCCAAACAAAGGCGUCGUCGUGAGCGGCGGCGUGACGAAGAUCACGAGCUACGACGAGCUCAAGGCUCGCGUCGCGGCUGAACCGGGGUUCUGGCGCGACGGAACCCCGCCGCGCGCGCCCCCCAUGACCGUACACGAGCACGCCACCCUCAACGCGGGGGAGAUACUCGCCACCCUGCGCGGGCACCGCGGGGUGGUCAUGUGCCAGCUGUGGGCGGGAUGGGAAGAUGCCGAUUCUAACGAUGCCAACGCCAACGUGCACGUCGUGCAGCCGGUGGAUGCGCCGUUCGUCACGCGCGCGCUCCGCGACGCCGCCGUCGACGCCCUCACCGGUGAGCGCACCAUCGGCAUCCGGUGCGUCCCCAUCGCCGGCAUGGACCCCGCCAAGGGAUUGACCGCGCUGGUGCACGCGUCCAAGUCGCCAUUCGCCGAGCGAGCGAAACACCUCGCGACGUUCGGAGCGCAAGCCGCUUUAGUCGCGGGUUCGCCCUAUUACCAGUUAUUAGUCGGUCGCAUCUUGGGUUACGACGCGAGGAACAUCGAGGCGCACGUGGCGGAGAAGGGUGGGGUGCUCACGGCGGCGAUCGUGGCGGAGGUGGCGAAGGAUUUGGCGGCGCUGGCCCCGGGCGGCGACUCACCGGCGACGCCGUGGCGUGACGAGUACGGGCGAAGCUUUGACGACUUGGUCGGCGACGACGAGGAGGCGGCGGCGAGGGUGUUUGGGUCGGCGGUGGUUGGGGACGAGGAAGGGGGUAAGAAGGGGGGUAAGAGGAGGGGGAAGAGGAAGGGCGGGCGGAGCACGGCGUCGAGCGUGGCGGACGCGGAGGCCAUGUUCGGCAGACGCGGGAGAUAG